GCGUUCUGAAUCUGGCGCCGGAAAUAAGCAUGCAGUUUCAAAACACUCGCGCCGCUGACAGACGUCACUGAAACAAAACUGGUAGUCAAGAAUGACAACUGAACUAUAAUAAACCUGUAUAUAAGCACUUCAAUAUUCAUCGCUCAUGUAGCAUUUGGAUUUGGAUCAGUUUUACACAGAGCAAUCCUUUAUCGUACUGGAGUCUUGAUCCGGAGGACCUUGCACAGAGAAGUUUCGUGUUUGUGUUGUUAUCGCAGACAUGCAGUCAGCAAACAUCAGUCCUCGCACUGCUGUUCACCCUCACAGCCCCUCGACCAGCGCCUCGCCACGAUACGCUCUUAUAGACUUCAUGGAUGUUGGCCGCACAGAGACCAUAUCCCAAGAAAUUGAAAAUCUAACAGAAGAUGCAGGGCAGGACCUGGAGGCAGAGGAGAGUGUUCAGAUUGGAUCAAUUCAAGGCUCAGUGGUUGGUCUGCGCUACUACACUGGAAUGGUCAAUAGAGGAGAGAUGGUGUCUUUGGUGAGAGAGCCGCGCAAUCCCUAUGACCGAAAUGCAGUGAUGGUUGCCAAUGUGUAUGGCAGUCAGGUGGGGCACAUCAAGAAAGAGCUGGCAGCCCCAAUGGCAUACAUUAUGGACAACAACUUGGCCAGGGUGGAAGGGGUUGUGCCCUUUGGGAAUACUAAUAAAUUCACAAUGCCUGUGAUCCUCACAUUCUGGGGCAAAGAGGAGAACCGACAAGCUGUGAAUAAUCAGAUGACACGCUAUGGUUUCAGACUUGGCACUGACCUCAAAGGAGGUGCUGCACAAACAUCUUCCGGUAGAAAUCUGCUUGGAUUGUCCUCAAAAAUAGCUGCCAUUCCUUUGACUGUAGAAGAGCUAAAAAAUGCCUUUGACAAGCUCUUUGAUGAUUUGAUGGAGGAUAAAACCAGAGAAAUGGAGCCAGCAGAGGCAGUGUGCACUCCUCUGCUCCCACAUCAAAAGCAGGCGCUCUCAUGGAUGACCUCUCGUGAAAACAGCAACGAUCUGCCCCCGUUCUGGGAGGAGAAGAAUGGCCUUUACUUUAACGUUCUCACAAACUUUGCAGUGAAGGAAAGGCCAGAGAAAGUGCUUGGUGGGAUUUUGGCUGAUGACAUGGGGCUGGGCAAAACCCUCACCACCAUUGCCUUAAUUGUCUCUAAUUUCCACAAUGGGAAACCUCUGCCACUGGAACAAUGUGAAGGAUCUUCCAUGCCUUCUACUACCAGAAAGAAAGCAGCCUCAAAAGAGAAAAGUGGAAACCGUGAAGAGGAACCUGUGGGGUUGUCCCCAUUGAAAAGACAGCAUGAUCAUAUUGUCAUUGUUGACUCCGAUGAUGAAGAUGCACCUCAGAAGAAAGCAAAAACCACAAAGAAAACUGCUAAAAAGUCUGCUAACACCAAGAAAGGAGUGGUUCUGCUGGAUGAUGUAGACUUUGCUGCCGCUCUGGGUGCAGUUCCUCACAGGCUGUGCCUGCAAAAAAGUGUGCGAAGAAGAGUUCUGGCACUGGUAGGGGCCCAUCUGGAGCCAGUGGGGGCUCAGGGGCCAGAGACUUUGAUUGUAUGUCCUCUGUCUGUCCUUAGUAACUGGCUGGACCAGUUUGAGCAACAUAUCCGAGCAAAUGUCACAUUGAAAGUGUACCUGUACUACGGCGCUGAGCGCAGCCGAUCUGUCAGCCUUCUGUCUGGGCAAGAUGUGGUUCUCACAACAUACAAUGUGCUUUCAUCAGAUUUUGGAAAUAAAGCCAGCAGUCCUCUGCACCAAGUGAACUGGCUGAGGGUGGUGCUGGAUGAGGGUCACGUCGUCAGAAACCCUACUGCACUUCAGAGCAAAGCUGUACUGGAGCUCCAGUCAGAGCGCAGGUGGAUCCUGUCUGGAACUCCCAUUCAGAACUCCCUAAAGGAUCUGUACAUGCUGCUGUCCUUUUUGAAGCUGAAGCCUUUUGAUGUGAAGGAGUGGUGGAACAGAAUAAUUCAGAGACCUGUGACCAUGGGCGACAGAUUUGGACUAAAGAACUUGCAAGCGCUGGUAAAGGGGAUCACACUGAGGCGCACUAAGAACAGUAAAGUGGCUGGGCGCAUGGUGGUGCAGUUACCCGCAAGGAGAGUGUUUGUGCAGCAUGUGACUCUCUCUGAGGAAGAGAGGGAGGAGUAUGAACAGGUCAAGCGGGAGGGCAGAAACAUUGUUGGCAGAUAUUUUCAAGAGGGAACAGUCAUGACAAACUAUGCCGACGUGCUGGCCAUCCUGGUCCGUCUGAGGCAGUGCUGCUGUCACCCAAGUCUUGUGGGAAAAUACACAGUUGCAGGUGAUCCUGGGACCCCCAGUGAGCUGCGGGAGCGUCUCAUCAAUAAGAUCACAUUGGUGCUGAACUCUGGCUCAGACGAAGAGUGCGCCAUCUGUUUAGACUCCCUACGUCAGCCUGUCAUCACCUACUGCGCUCAUGUGUAUUGCAGGCCCUGCAUCUGUGAGGUCAUUCACUCAGAGAAGGAGCAGGCCAGGUGUCCCCUGUGUCGUGCUCAGAUCAGGACUAAAGAACUGGUGGAGUAUCCUGGAGAAGAAGUGGAGGCUCAUUCAGCAACUGGGGAGAAUUGGCGAUCAAGUUCCAAAGUGGAUGCUUUGAUGAGCAACCUGUUGAAACUUCGCAAUGAAGACCCCACUGUGAAGAGUCUUGUGGUCUCUCAGUUUACCAGGUUUCUGGAUCUUUUAGAGGUUCCCUUGAGGGAAUAUGGAUUCUCUUUCACUCGGCUGGACGGCUCUAUGAAUCAGAAGAUCCGAGCAAAGGCCAUUCAGGACUUUCAAGACUCCUCUUCAGGAAGCCCUACCAUAAUGUUACUGUCACUCAAAGCUGGAGGGGUUGGGAUUAAUCUAACCGCUGCUUCCCAUGUCUUUAUGAUGGAUCCAGCCUGGAAUCCUGCAGCAGAAGAUCAGUGUGUUGACAGAUGUCAUAGAUUGGGCCAGAGUAGAGAUGUGGUGAUCACUAAGUUUAUUGUGAAAGACUCUGUGGAGGAGAACAUGGUGAAGAUUCAGAAGAAGAAGCAGGAACUUGUGGAGAAAGCUUUCGGAGCGAAAAACUCACAGGACCUAAAACAGGCACGGAUAGAUGAGAUCCGAACCCUCAUGGAGAUUUAGUUUUACCAAGCUAACUUUACUUCAGUUCAUUCAUUUCAGAUUAUUUACUUGGAUUAAAAAAAAAAAAAAAAAAAGCUUUUUUUUUUUUUUUUUUUACACUUUUUUGCUAAUUGUUCAGUAAGGUCUGUAUAACUUGUUCUAAACAAUGUUUGUCAGUAUGGUUGUUCAAACCAUUUUCGUUACAUUAAACACCAUGCAUUCAGUCUUUCUUUUUGCAUGAAAACUGGUUUUAACCACAGUAAAUUGGGACUUGUGUUACUGGUUCUUUAUUUCAGGUGUUACAGGUGGGUGGCAGAGUUACAGGCAAGUUACAAACUAGUUAUCUACAGUUACAGCAUUAACAGUAGUAACUAAGUGUUGCAAAACCCUUGUGCCUUAUCCCUGCUACAGCAAGUGACUACCCAGUAGGCAAGAGCGGAGUGACCAUGGUUCAUACAAUAAGUUGAAGUUUAUCAGAGCUCGUAAUGAUGAUUUAAGCGAGUUGGCAGCACACAAUGUGUCUUGUAAACACUUGCAAAGGCGGUCAUUAGAUGUUUAAUAUUGAAUGUGGAGUGGUGUACAGUAUAUCUGGGAUGCUGAAGUCAUUUACAAGGUUUGGUAUUGUUUUGUUUGCUGUAUGUUUCUCAUUUUUUUCCAUAAAUGUUUCUGAUCUUCACAAACACAUGAAAGGCAAAUAAGAGGUAAAGCCUGUAAGGUUGUAAGACUAUUUAUAUUACGGUAUCUUGAAUAAUAAAAAGACAACUAGUGUCUUGUUAAGUGAGAUCAGAAACAAUGCCUGAAUUGUGUCACGUCUUCUCUGGAAAUGAGGCAAGUGACAUUGCGUCAUUCGAAUAACUGUUGCAAUCACAGUGUGUAAGAGAUUGAGUAGUUGAGCUGCAUAGAUGAUCUGGGCAGUGUUUCCCAAAAGCAU